GCCCCGCCCCACGAAGCGCCGCGCGGACCCGACGGCCGCGGCGUCUCUAUGGAAACCGAUCCGACGCCGGCGGGGCCGAGAGCACCAUGGCGUCCGGAGAGCCGAGGAACUCGGGUGGCUACUAUUUCAGGUUCCUGCCUCAGAGAACCUUCCAGUUCCUGAGCGCCCGGGAGAUCACCAGCCGGCUUCGCCAGUGGUCGAUGCUGGGUAGAAUGGAGGCGCAGGCGUUCGGGUUUGACCAGACUUUUCUGGCCUAUCGGAAGGAUGAUUUCUUUAUGGCUUUUUUCAGACACCCAAAUGUUAUUCCCAAUCUGAAGUUACUUUCAGAUUCUUCCGGACAGUGGGUUACAUUAGGAACUGAAGUGAAAAAAAUUGAAGCUAUAAAUGUUCCUUGCAGACAGCUUUCAAUGUCAUUUUUUGAUCGGUUAUAUGAUGAAAAUAUUGUCCGAGACAGUGGACAUAUCGUUAAGUGUUUAGAUUCUUUUUGCGACCCAUUUCUCAUUUCUGAUGAGUUACGAAAAGUUUUAUUAGAGGAAGACUCAGAAAAAUAUGAAGUAUUCAGCCAGCCAGAUAGAGAAGAGUUCCUGUUUUGUCUUUUUAAACAUCUUUGCCUUGGUGGAUCCCUUUGUCAGUAUGAAGAUGAGAUUUAUCCAUAUCUGGAAACAACAAAGUUUAUCUAUAAAGAUCUGGUGAGGAAGAAGAGGAUUUUUUUUCCCCUGUGGAAUCAAUCAGGCAACCAGCAAGUAUUAAUAUGGUGCAAACUCUAUCAAGAUCUAAAGGGACUAGAAGAGGAACAUCAGGCAGUCCUUGAUCUUAAGAAGUUACAACAAAAUAACAUACUAAAGAAUAGUAAAGUACUUGUAUGGAAUCUUUAAAGCAAAUUGUUUAUAUAAUCCAGUGUUCGGUUAUUUAUAGGCAAAUGUUUAUAGCUCCUUAUACUUACACUGUAAUUAGUAAGCCCAGAAGUUAGAAAGAAGUAAUUAUCAGUGCAGAUGUUAGCAGUCAGGCAAUUCUUACUGGAAAGAAGUCCAUGAAGACCAACAGAGAGGACAUAAGUCUGUUCCCAUUUCAUGGUAGGUGCAUGCCAAGUCUGUCAUGGCAGGGGAAACAAGGAAGGACACCAGCCCAAUUACAGCAGUGCUUUCCUCUGAAACCAUUAAAUAUUAUUCUUUAUGUCCCACGUUUAACAUGCCUAUGAAUUUCUUUGCUGAAUGAGGUGAGAAUAUGAAAUGAUCUUUCCAAAGCAACUGCAUUAGAAAAUUAUGAUUUAAGCUGAAAAUAGAUCUACCAUAUGACCCAGCAAUCCCACCUUCUGGGAAUUUACCCAAAUAAAAUGAAAUCAGCAUAACAAAGAGUUGUCUACUUAAUACAUUAUUCCUCUUAGUAGUUUUUUUGUCUGUUCUACUUAAUAUGACUGGUUUAAUUCUGUAAUUAAUACACAGUUAUUCUUAAGUGUUAAAAAUUAACUGAAAUGUGAUCCCUGUUAAACAUAAGAGUGGGAAUAAGAGAGGGAAGAGAUGUAUAAUUUGGGACAUGCUCAAGCUGACUUGCCCCAAAUGGUAGAGUUAAAAACAUACCAGGGGGGCCGGCGCCGCGGCUCACUAGGCUAAUCCUCAGCCUAGCGGCGCCGGCACACCGGGUUCUAGUCCCGGUCGGGGCGCCGGAUUCUGUCCCGGUUGCCCCUCUUCCAGGCCAGCCCUCUGCUGUGGCCAGGGAGUGCAGUGGAGGAUGGCCCAGGUGCUUGGGCCCUGCACCCCAUGGGGAGACCAGGAAAAGCACCUGGCUCCUGGCUCCUGCCAUCGGAUCAGCGCGGUGCGCCGGCCGCAGCGCGCCGGCCGCGGCGGCCAUUGGAGGGUGAACCAACAAAAAAAGGAAGACCUUUCUCUCUGUCUCUCUCUCUCUCUCACUAUCCACUCUGCCUGUCAAAAAAAAAAAAAAAAAAAAAAAAUACCAGGGGAUUCCAAUUCAAUCCCAUCAAGGUGGCAUGUACCAAUGCCAUCUCACUAUUCCAAGUGAUCAAUUUCUGUUCACAAUUGAUCAUAAUGAAAGGACUAAGAGUCAAAGGGAGCACAUAAACAAGUCUAGUACCUGCUAACACUAACCGAUGGAAUAAAUAAAGGGGAGAGUGAUCCAACAUGGGAAGUGAGAUACUCAGCAGACUCAUAGAAUGGCAGAUGUCCUAAAUAGCACUCUGGACUCAGAAUCAGCUAAAGGCAUUCGGAUCUGGCUGAAAAGCCCAUGAGAGUAUUUCAGGCAUGGAAAGCCAAGACACUCUGGCAAAAGAUCUCUGCGAGUGAGAUCCCAGUGGAAAGAACAGGUCUUCAAAGAAGGAGGUACCUUUCUCUGAAGGGAGGAGAGAACCUCCACUUUGACUAUGACCUUGUCUAAACAAGAUAAGAGUCGGAGAACUCAGACGGCUUCCAUAGCCUUGGAAACUCAUGACUGGAGCAUAGGGAGAUUACUGAUGCCAUAGACAGGAGUGUCAAUUGGUAAAGUCAACAACAGGAGUCACUGUGCACUUACUCCUCAUGUAGGAUCUCUGUCCUUAAUGUGCUGUGUAUUGAGAUUUAAUGCUAUAACGAGUACUCAAACAAUAUAUUUCACUUUGUGUUUUCAUGGGGGUGCAAACUGUUGAAAUCUUUACUUAAUGUAUACUAAACUGAUCUUCUGUAAAAAAAAAAAAAAAAAAAAAAAAAAAGAAAUUAUCAACUCCCAACUUGACUCUCACUGGGAUUAAACAUGACAAUAGGUCUGAUCUGAUUUCAUCAUCACUUAAAAAAAAUCAUCUAUUAUUUUUCACUUUAUGUUUCUGUGUGAGAGCAUACUGUUGAAAUCCUUACUUAAUGUAUACUAAACUGAUCUUCUGU